AUGCCAACCAAACUGCUCGCUGCUUUCUUCCUUCUUUCAGUUCUCCAAGCUUGCUCCAGAAAAAUCGAUGAUGAUGAUUUUGAAGAUCUCACAAUCAAAAACCAGAAGUGGGUGCUGGCUCCAACAUUGCAAGAUAGAGAUACGACAAAUAUUUUAAAUAACCUGUUGAAGGAAUAUGACAAGAAACUUCGUCCAGACAUUGGAAGAAAACCAACUGUAAUAGAUGUAGAUAUCUAUGUCAACAGCAUUGGCCCAGUUUCAUCAAUUAAUAUGGAGUAUACCAUUGAUAUCUUUUUUGCUCAAACCUGGAUUGACAGUCGCCUGCGAUUCAACAGUACAAUGAAAAUUAUCACUUUGAACAGCAACAUGGUUGGUCUCAUAUGGAUACCAGACACCAUCUUCAGAAACUCCAAAAUGGCUGAUGCUCAUUGGAUCACCACACCCAAUCAACUACUUAGGAUAUGGAAUGAUGGGAAAAUCUUGUACACCCUGAGGCUUACAAUAAUCGCAGAGUGUCAACUGCAGCUCCAGAAUUUUCCAAUGGAUGAACAUUCUUGUCCGCUCAUCUUCUCCAGCUAUGGAUACCCAAAAGAUGAGAUGGUUUACAAAUGGAGGAAGCAUUCUGUUGAAGCUGCCGAUCAGAAGUCCUGGCGACUCUACCAGUUUGACUUCCUGGGCUUAAGGAACACGACAAAAAUUAUUGAAACAACUGCAGGGGAAUAUGUCGUCAUGACCGUCUACUUCGACUUAAGCAGAAGAAUGGGAUAUUUCACGAUUCAGACCUAUAUACCAUGCAUAUUGACAGUUGUCCUCUCCUGGGUCUCAUUCUGGAUCAAAAAAGAUGCAACUCCAGCCCGGACAGCACUGGGUAUCACGACAGUACUAACAAUGACAACACUCAGCAGCAUAGCAAGGAAGUCACUACCAAAGGUCUCCUACGUCACUGCCAUGGACCUGUUUGUGACCGUCUGCUUUUUAUUUGUCUUCGCGGCAUUGAUGGAGUAUGCUGCCCUGAAUUACUAUACGUGCUGCAGGAAGCCCGCGUGUACGAGAAAGAAAAGAACAAACUAUUCUGUGCUGAACCUGGGGCCGUCCUCUUCAGUAAUUACCAUAAACAAUUCAAUGUACUGGCAGGACUUUGAGGAAGCCUGCGUCUAUGAAUGCCUGGAUGGUAAAGACUGCCAGAGUUUCUUCUGCUGCUACAAGGAAUGUAAAUCCGGCUUGUGGCGAAAAGGACGGAUCCAUGUAGAUAUUUUGAAAUUAGACACAUAUUCACGUGUGUUUUUUCCUACAACGUUUUUGCUAUUUAAUCUCAUCUACUGGGUUGGAUACCUCUACCUUUAAGUUUCUGCCUGUACCAAUGAAGACUUCCUUCAUUGACACUUGUCCUGUAACUCUGUCGGAAAAAGUGGAACUACCCGAGGUGAAGUAACAUCUGUUCUUUAUUUUUACCUCCCAUUACAUUAAUUGCAAAUUUGUUACAAAAUGGCGGAUGGAAGCAAAGAGCGGAAGGUGUAAAUAGCUGACAAGGUGUCUCUCCAAGUUUGUCAGCUGAAACACUUUUUUUUGGACAAUCUUGAAGUGAAUGGACUGACCCCACUGAAUCGAUGAAUUAUAGCCUUAGGUUUGCAUUCAGCAGCAAUUUUUAAUAACUAUUCACGAGCCUGUUGGAUAGUCAGAAGAGCCUUGACUUUUAAAUAGCUGCAUGAAGAAAACAGAAAAUUAGCAAACUAAGCCAAAACAUAUUCCUCUUACCGAGCUAAUUAGAGUAAACGAAGGCAUUUCUGGCUGUAGCAACCCAUGAAAAGAGUUUCUUUUCUGUCUAAAUUACAGAUGAUUCAUGCAAAUCUAUUUGUAUCUGACACAACAGGUGUCGACAGGUGAAAGCAACAUUUUCUUUGGGGGAGAAAAAAAAACUAGG